GGCGAUUAAAGAAAGGACGGGAAGUCGAGACAACCAAAUCCAUGCCAAAAGGAGAAGCGAAUAUGCGGAGCGGACGGUGGAGGAGCAGUCUUUCCCUCCACCAUUCCUUUUUAUUUAUUUAUUUAUUAUUUUUCGCUACCCUCGUCGCAUAUACUUUCUAUUUAUACGGAGACACUCACCACCAAUAAUGUCUCUAUCUCUCUAUUAAACAACCCAAAAUAUCCCCAAAUAAAAAUAAUAAUAAAAAUAGAAAGGAAAUAUACUCUCUCGAUCGAGAGCCGCAGCCCAUUCCUAUAUCUGCCAAACACAUCUCUUCAAUCCCACUUUCUAAUCCUCUCUCUCUCUCUCUCUUAUAUGAGAAAAAGGGUAGAGCAGGUCAUUGUUUCUUGAGACAGGAGAUGUCGACUCGAAGCUGCUCGCAGUGCGGAAACAAUGGCCACAACUCUCGCACAUGCGGCGAGAGCGCUGGUGGUGGUGGGAUUAUGCUCUUUGGGGUUAGGGUCACUGAGGGCUCGAUCCGUAAGAGUGUUAGCAUGAACAAUCUGUCUCAGUACGAACAGCCAGCCCACGAGACCCAUUCUGAUGUGGCAGCAGGAUAUGCGUCUGAUGAUAUGGUCCAUGCCUCUGCCGGUAACCGUGAGCGCAAGAGAGGGGUUCCCUGGACCGAGGAAGAACACCGGCUAUUUUUGGUGGGACUGCAGAAAGUGGGAAAAGGAGAUUGGAGGGGAAUAUCUAGAAACUUUGUAAAGACACGCACGCCUACACAAGUGGCCAGCCAUGCUCAGAAAUACUUCCUCAGGCGCAGUAAUCUCAACAGAAGGCGUCGCAGAUCUAGCCUCUUCGAUAUCACCCCUGAUUCGUUUCUGGAUUUGCCUAUGGAAGAGGAGGUCCUUGGGGAGAAGACAUGUCAGCCUAACAUGGGAUUCGCAACAACACCGUUCCAUUCGAUGCAGGGAGAUGUGCCGCCGAAGGUUUUAAGGCCCACGCCAGUGUUCCCAACCCUUCCUCCACCACCUCCUCCAAUGAGGAUGAGGGAUCUCAACUUAAAUGAGGAAUCACCCGAGACGGAGCCGCGAUCAUUGCCGUCCCUCGAUCUCCCAGCAUCGUCAUCGUUGCCAUCUUCCUCCUGCCAGCAGCUGCCACCUUCCAGACACCCAUCUGCCUUUCAGGCUGUAUCCAACUUCAGUAGCAGCAGCAGUGGCGAUCUUGAUUCUAAGGGAGGGAGCAUAAUCACUGUCGCUUGAAUGUGAAAAAGCAAUCAGUAGGAAAACCAAAUACAUGACAUUAGAUAGAGAUAGCGAGAGAGUGGAUUAUUGGGUUGCAAUGUUCGUACUCUUAGCAGCAAUUGAUGGUUGGUAAGGUGGUUACUAGUUUGUACAGACAGAGAGAGUGAUGUGUUAGGGGAUUCUUAUUUAAUUUUCUUAUCUCCGUUGCAUUGGUCCUGUUUGAAUGAUUAAUUGAAAUAGAUAGCUAGUUAGGUUUGGUUGCA